UUUGAGGUGGUGAGAGGCACCGACUGUGCCCGGGGCUCAGCUUGCAGCCAGGAGCUCAGCUGGCUCUCCGUGCUCUGGGGAGGUCAGAGACAACACUGACAGCCCGUGUCUUCUUCAAACACAGGGUGAGAUGAAAAGACGCUUCGUUUGGUCAAACCACUGCUGUGGACACGGAGAGACAGCGUGCGGAGCUGUGCGGUGAGGACCAAAGGUGUGCAUUCUCAGGUCAGAAAACCCGGAGCGCUUGACCUCCCUGCUGCCUACAUCAAAGCCCCAGGAUAUGCAGAAAUUUCCUGAGGGCCCGACCCGCCACCAUGAGGUUCUGCCUGCAGAGAUUCAGUCGCCGGGGGCAGGCUGCCCGAUGGCUCUUGCUUUUGGCGGGGCUGCUCUUCUUCCUCUUCGCCCUGUCUUCCUUUAUUAAGGAACCUACUACAAAGCCUGCCAGGCAUCAGAAUAUAGAGAAUAGUAAAGAAAGGUCUUCCAAGUCACCACAAAGGGCCACGUCCCCGGCACCCACAAUGGGAAGGAGAACCACCAUCCGCGUAGGGUCAGCGCAGGAGAUCAGCACACUGGACACGCGCCCCGAGCGCACGGCCCGCACCACGGCCAGAGAGCCCGGCACAGAAAGGACAGCGUUACUCAACAGUCAGGACAGAAAGGACGUCAUGAUGGACACGCUGCCCCCGAGAAGUCAGGACAGGGGGAUGGCCUCCAACAGGACACAGUCACUAUCACCGAAGAGUCAGGACACGAGGACAACCGAAGGAAGGAGGGACCAGAGCGAGAGGCCGACAGCCGCAAGGACAGUGUCAGCAAAGGCUUGGGGCAGAUCGGUGGCACCCACAGCGAGAACACCCAUUCCAGGGGUUCGGGCUGAGGUGCCGACCACCGCAGGAGCAGGGUCAACCGGAAGAAGGACAAAAGGAGUGAACUCAUCGGUGGUCCCACCCACGAAGAGAGCCUCGGCCACCCCACGCUCUGCCCCGUCCCAGAGCCCCACCACGCAGGGAGGCCCGAGGCUGCAGGCCAUCAACUUCAAGUAUGAGCCCAAGUGGGAUUUUGAGGAAAAAUAUAGCUUGGAUGUGGGGGGCCUACAGACGGCCUGCCCCGACUCCGUGAAGGUGAAAGCCUCCAAGUCACUCUGGCUCCAGAAUCUCUUUCUGCCCAACCUCACCCUCUUCCUGGACUCCAGCCACUUCAACCUGAGUGAGUGGAGCCGCCUGGAGCACUUCAAGCCACCCUUUGGCUUCAUGGAUCUCAAUUACUCCUUGGUGCAGAAGGUGGUGACACGCUUCCCCCCAGUGCCGCAGCAGCAGCUGCUCCUGGCCAGCCUCCCUGCUGGGAGCCCCCGGUGUGUCAGCUGUGCCGUGGUGGGUAAUGGGGGCAUCCUGAACAACUCCCACAUGGGCCAAGAGAUAGACAGCCAUGACUACGUGUUCCGCUUGAGCGGAGCUGUCACUAAGGGCUACGAACAGGACGUAGGUAUUCGGACCUCCUUCUAUGGCUUUACUGCCUUCUCCCUGACCCAGUCACUUCUGGCUUUGCACAACCGGGGUUUCCAGCACGUGCCUGUGGGGAAGGAUAUCCGCUACCUGCACUUCCUGGAAGGCCUCCGGGACUAUGAGUGGCUGGAAGCACUGCUUCUGAAUCAGACCCUGGCGAAACAGAGACUUUUCUGGUUCAGGCGCAGGCCCCAGGAGGCUUUUCGGGAUGCCUUGCGACUGGACAGAUACCUGCUGCUGCACCCAGACUUGAUGCGAUACAUAAAGAACAGGUUUUUGAGGUCUAAGACCCUGGACACCGUCCACUGGAGAAUAUACCGCCCCACCACUGGGGCCCUCCUGCUGCUCACUGCCCUUCAGCUCUGUGACCAGGUGAGUGCCUACGGCUUCAUCACCGAGGGCCAUGAGCGCUUCUCUGAUCACUACUAUGACAUAUCAUGGAAAAAAACAAUCUUUUACACCAACCAUGACUUCAAGUUAGAGAGAGCGCUCUGGAAGCGGCUGCACGAUGAAGGUAUAAUCCGGCUGUACCAGCGUCCUAUAACUUCCAAACCAAAGAUCUGACAGGGACCGGGCUGCAGCAGCCGUCCUGAGGCAUAGACCAGGCUCCAACCCCCACCCUCCCACACCGACUUCUGAGGGGCACGUCUGUACAGAGGAGCAGAUGCCCGCAAGACAGCAAACGACUGAGACUUUGGAGACCUUGGGAAGUUGCGGGGGCGGCGGCAGGGGGCGCCUCUCUUGAGACCAAGGAAUUUUAACUAAGUGGGGUGAUGAGUGGUCAAUACCACAAAUCUCUGCCGAAAAUCGCCCUUCACUGUCCAAAAGCUUUUUGGCACAGAGGAAAGAGCCCGAGUUUACAGAAACAUAGAUUUGGAUUUGAAUUCCAGAUCUACUUAGCAACUGUGAUAUCUUGAAGGUGUUACUUAAUUUCACUCUAUAUUGUCUAGAGGACCCGCCCAGGGGUUAUCUGAUUCUAGAAGGGUCUGCACCUUUCCUUGUCUUUGAGCUUUUUGACAACUCUCUGGGUGAUAGAAAACGGGUAGGAAUAAAAAUGAUUCUUGUCCACGGUGAUGCAAAUAAAUUUUGUACAGUAAAGAUGCAAGUAAUUAUUCCGCUGUGAAUAGUGACCCAUUUUGUACCUAUUAGCAAACUCACUUCAGCAUUCCUGAUUGUCUCUAGCCUGUGGGUCUGCACUGUGGGUUCUCCUUGGAACCAAUUUUUACAUCUUACUACUUCCUUCAUUAAUUAAUGAGUGAAAUAAAAUCUUUGACAUAUGUUAAUUUUAUAUUUCUAUGAAAGUCACUAUUUUACCCCGAAAAAAAAAAUCCCUUAACAUUUCGCCAGGCUACUGUUUUCUAGUCUGUAACAUGACUUUUAGGGGAUCCGUUUCACAAGGAUUUUAGAAAAUGACUGCAUGCAAAAUGCCUGACUAGGAACUAGUUUUACUUCCCCUUUCAUUCUUCUAGUCUCCCACCAAGCUGCAUUUUCUCAAACCCUACGAUGAGAAUUUGGGCUAAACCAAAGCUAUUUCAGUUCAUCUUACUUUCUUUGAGCUCUAUGGCCAGAAUGUAGACUCUGAAGCCCAGGAGAACUCUACUGACGCUAAACAGAAUACGGGCACUUGGCGAGGGCAUGAAGGCAAACAAACAAGGAGGAGGAGGAGGAGGAGGAGAAGAAGAACAAGAACAAGAAAGCGUCCUUUUAGACUUAAUACUCUGGGUUCAAAAGCUAAUCCCAACAGGAACGGAUUUGCUUAGCUCAAGAACGGUGCAGUACCCAGCUCGGGGCGGCAGGUGGCGGCAUCUCUGCGCUGAUCCUCCGCGGGGGCCGCCUUUCCUUUUUCAGGUUUCCCUAGCUCCUUUUACAUGUUUACUCUAUCAUAUGGAUUUUAGUAUCUCGGAAAGGAUGACUCAAUGUAAUAAAUUUGUCAGUUAUCCCCAAAUAAAUUUAUGAAUGUAAUGCAAUUCUAAUAGAAAUACCAAAAUAUUUUUCUAGAUCCUGAACGGAUACUAAAAUUCAUAUGAAAGAAUAAACAUGUAAGGAUAGCUAGGAAAAACUGGGAAAAAAGGCUAUGACGGAGGUCUAGCUCUACCAAGUAUUAGCACGUACUAUAAAGUCUCCAUUAUUAAAAACUGAUUCUGCUGCAUAAAUAGACAGACGACCAGAGGAAUGACCAGGUACAUGCGGAAAUCACUGGGUCAAAAUAGAUUUUGUGACUAAUGGUGCUCAGACAACCAGAUGGCCAUUUGGAAAGAGAUCAAACUAGAGCUGUAACUUGCAGCACACACAGGAAUGAACUCCCGAUGGUCAGAGAUCUAAGUGUAAAAUAUGCAAUGAGUACUAAGAUUGUAUGGGUGAAUCUCUUAGACUAGGGUAUAGGAAAGUUUUCUAAAUAUGACUCUAAACCUAGAAGCAAUAAAAGAUUGAUGAAUUUGACUACAUAAAAAAUUUGAUAAAAUUUAGUCUGGCAAAAAAAAAAAAAAUCACCACAAGGCCAAAAACAAAUUUAAAAACUGGAAAAAGUACUUGCCACAUAUAUCAUGGAUUAAGGGUGAAUAUCUCUAAUGCAUCAAAGACUCACUAAUGAAAGGAAAUAUGAUAAAAAAAACCCAAUAGAAAAAUGGGCACGAACACAAACAGCAACAAUUCCCUCAAAAAAGAUACAAAAGUGGCCCUUAACCAUGAGAAAAAAGACACUCAACUUGACUCAGAAUAAGAGAAAUAUGAAUUGAAAUUACUCUGAGAUGGGCAGCCGGUUAGCUCAGUUGGUUGGAGCGCAG